UGUCACGAUGUAUAACUUUUGCUAGACACAUCUGAUUGUUGUUGUUUAUCACGUCCGCAUGUUGGAUGUGUGUUGAAGUCAGUUUGAUGAGUUAGGGCCUCAUUUUGACUAUGGAGUACGUAGACUACGACAGUUUGACUGAAGCCGACAUUGGGGCCAUGGAGGUCCUUAAUGUGCGUUCUAAGGUCUCAGAGCUGCCGAUGAGUAGUUCUAGCAACAUAUCACCGUAUGCUCUUGGUAUGUCUGUUCGUCUUGACUUGGAGAAGCGCCGUCGUUCCACUCAGACUGACAAGGAGCGUGAUAUGAUGCUCGGCAGUUCGUUCAUGGACUCUCAGAGCAAGCUUGGUGCUAGUGACAAGGUUCUUGAGGCUGCUACUAUAUUACGCAAGUUGGAGUCAAACUGCGGCGCUGUAGUUUACCGCGAGGCGCUUGCAACACGUAUGCAGUUGCGUAAUAUGGCCUUGAAGAACUUUUCUGCUCAGAACUAUGGUGAAGCUUUACUACAGGCUCACUAUUCGCUUAUGCUUGCCAAGAAGUUCCACAUGGAGGUAUCUAAAACUCCAUUGAGUGGUGAGAUGGCUAUGGAGCUUUUGAUUUUAAGCAAAUGCUAUGCUGAAGUGGGUCGUUUAGAUGCAGGUCGUCCCUACUUACAAGAGUUUCGUUUUCUUGUUGAGCAGACGUUGAUUCAUUUGGUUGACCCUUCAGGUAGUAAUAAGCGUGGCGCAUCACCGUUGCCUCCUGGCAACACAUUGAUAAAUUGUGAUUCUAAGGUUUUUCCCGGCAUCGUCUUUACUUUGGGUGAGAUUUUGACAAUGUACGACAUGAGUGAAGACUCUGAGAUGUUUUUUUCAAAGUAUUUGAUAUUAUGUGAACGUGAGUUUGGCGAGAGCAGCUUACAGCUCAGUGAUGCUAUAAACAGCGUAUGUAUAUAUUUACUACGCAGUAAGCAGUACCUCAAGGCAUUGCCUUUGGCAGUUAAGGCUCUUGAGAUCCACAAGAAGCACUUUGGCGACUACACUAGUGAGGAUCCUGACACUCGCGUUGCUGAGAGUUACUGCAAUGUGGGUGUUAUAUAUCGCAUGGCUGGUAACCCUAUUGACGCUCUGCACAACUUGUUGAUAGCUUUAGACAUGAAGAUGCGUAUACUUCAGGAUCGCAGUCACACUCAGGUACAGGAUAUAUUUUUAUCUAUUGGAUGUUGCCAACACAUGAUAGGUAACUUUCACGCAGCCGCUUCUAUUUAUCGUGAGGUAUAUAUCACUCGAUGUGACUCUUUAGGCGCGACUCAUCCUCUGAGCAUAUCGGUUAAGCACCUCAUUGAGGACCUUGAUCGUGACAUUAAGUUGGCACCUAAAUCGGAGGAUUCCGAUAAGGACGAUACAACUUGCGAUGGCGAUAAUGAUGACGUCUUCUCGCGUGUCAAAGCGCUUGACAAUGAUAUGGUUCACUCUCAGGCUGACAGUAGUCGUACCACUCCUGGGAUAGAGGUCAGUCGUGUCCAAUCCCUAUACUCUAACAAGACCAAGCACUUUCUGAUUCCUUCAACAAGUAUAAUGCAGGUUCAGGAGUGCAUGGUGGUUAAGAAGAAGGUUUUGGACCUUUCUAAGCAGAUAUCAUCGCAAUAUGGGUGCCGUAGGCUACCUAUAAUUAAUGUUCCUCGUAUGGCUCGCGGCCGUGUAUUUAUUAAUGACGGUCAGCCUGUAAUGGAAUGUAAUCGUGAUGCGAUUGAUUUAUUAUUAGAGUGGGAUUUCGCACCUCCUGAGGUGAAUUCUGAGGGUGAUGUCACGGGUUCUGACCCCAAGUUACCUAAGGAGGUCAUGCUUUUUAUCCCUUUGAUGGAUGGUUCAGAGCCUAUAACUGGAUUUUACAACAAGCCUUUGUAUGUGCCAAAUCCUGGUAUAUUUCACGCCUUCAAGAGGUCUAAUGUUGUGCGAGAUUUUAAUGUGACUGUAAUCCCAGCGAAACCGGACACUAGCCCUGCAGCGCCUGAACCCAUUAUCAAGCGGAUGACUAUGACUGAUCCUAUGGUUAAAAUAAGCAAGUCUAACCAACUGCUUCUAAAGAAGGGAGGUGCUGUGAUACCUAAAUCAUUAGAUGGCGCACUUGCUCCUAAGGUCACAACGACUCUCCCGGCUAAAAAGCUUGGUCUUGCACCUCCUAAGAGCACCGGAGACCAACCUGCAGCCCUUACUCCACAAUCAUCGGAUGGCCAACUUGGAAUAAAACCUAAAUCUUCAAUCAGUGCUCUGUCUGGUGACGCCACCACUGCCCCUAAAGCUAAAUCGGCAUCUGAAGUCGGUGCUAAAAAAGCAAGUUCGCCGCCAGAAAAACCUCCAGAGCCAGAGGUUCCUCCUGUAGCCUUGGGUGAGAUGUUCCUAAAGAAGGCUAGUGGCUUGAAUAAUCGCAAUGCAAAAUUCUUGGCUAAAAUCGGUAACCUCGCGAAGAUUGUUGUCAAGCCUAAUCAAAUAUCGGUACCACUUCCUAAGGUUAAGGUACCUGCUCCUGUAACUCACGCAUCUCCUAUUUGUUCUGACAGUGACAGUGAUUAUUUGAGUGACGCGAUGACUACGUCAUCUGAUAUAGACGAUUGUGAGUUAUCCCCUGUUGUCUAUGAGGUUUGUGAAGCGCCUAUUACCAUGGCUACUUUGGUAUCAAUGCCUUUAGACUCAUCUAAGCUUCCACUUGUUUUGAGAUCUAUUCAUGAUCCUAUGCCUAUGGAUAUAUUAGCCAAGGUGCGUGGCAUCAGGUCACACAAGGACUCGGAUAAUGCCAACAAAUGCAUGUUACUAGACCAGAAUGGCGCUUCCUUGGCUAUAGUUCCAUGGCAGAUUGAUUUAAUUUCACUUACACUUGCGAAAUCUUGUUUAUCUCUAGAUUUAGCAGAGAAGUUUGCUCCCAAGUCUGGUGACAUAUCGGAAUCUGAUAAGGAGAAUGCAUUAUCGAAGUAUCGCAAGCUGCUUGCUGGUGAAGGCUUAAACGGCCUUGGAUUCAUGGAUAUCAUCGCUGGCAAGGCUUCACAAUCUCUUAGCAGUGCUGCUGGAGCUCUUGAUGCUGGUCUUGGCAUGGACUUACCUCCAUCUGUACUUGCCAACCUGAGGAAACAGGCUGAGGAGCUUGAACGUAAGGCCAAGGAGGAAGCUGAAGCUAAGCGUAUGGGCAGUUCUGGUGACGGCGGUGACGGUGACGGUCCCGGUGGCUCUGGGAUGCCUAAGGUUGUGCCUAUUUUGAAGAAGGGAGCUCCCGAGGUUAAGAAAGGUGCACCUCCUAUGAAGAAGGGCGCUCCCAAGGGACCUCCACCUGCUAUUAAGAAGGGUCUUCCUGCUAAGUCCAAGGGCAAGGGCUCGGGUCCAACUGUAGACAACUCUCGAGUUCGUCGUUUCUUCUGGGACCCUAUUUUCGGUGAUGACGUUAAGGGUACCUUAUUUGCAUCACCUAAGGGUUUGCCUAACCUCGACAAUCCAGACAUUGAGGAGACAUUUGCUAAAGCCGUUCCUAAGGCUCGUGUUGCCAUAUCUGCCAAGCCUAAGGUGCUGAGUUUACUUCCUGACUCCAAGCGUGCCUACAAUAUGAACAUUGGUCUGUCUAAGUUUGCGAAAUACACUUUCAAGGAGGUUAAGGACGCAGUUUUGAAUUUGAAUCCCGAGGUUUUGAAUGCUGAGGCUACUGAGAGCCUGCUGACAUUGCUACCUACUCAAGAGGAGAUUACUAUAGUCCAGGAGUAUGUGAAAUCAGGUGGUGAUGUGAAUGCAGUUGAUCGUCCGGAGCAGUUUGUGGCGGUCAUUUCCACAAUCCCACUCUUGAAGCAGCGUUUGGAAUGCCACCAGAUUGCCUUAACGUUUAAGGAGCACUUUGACGAAAUCGAGGCGCCUUUGUCACGUAUCAUUAAAGGCUGUGAGGACGUCAUGACAAACCGCAGUUUGAAUGUAUUGGCUAAUGUAGUGCUCAAGAUCGGUAAUGCGCUUAAUGCUGGUGACUCUAAGAAGGGUAAUGCUGAGGGUUUCAAGCCCACAACUUUCGCUAAGUUAAAUGAGUUCCGGACUACUACCAAGCCCGUGAAGACCUUGAUGCAAUACAUUUGCGACAUUGUGGCGCGUAAUGACGAGAGCUUGCUUCAGAUAUAUGAUGACUUACGUUCAUGUGAGGACUGUUCAAAGAUAGACAUGGCUGUUUUAGAGGGUGGUCUAGCCAAGUUAAAGAAUGACAUGCAGCGCGUCUCGAAUGCUGUAGCGUCAGCUGAGCGUUUAAAGGACCCUGGUGAUGAGUUUGUUCCAAUUAUGCGUGACUUUAUGAACGAUGCUCAGCCCAAGGUAUCUUCUAUACAGAAUCACUACACUGAGGUCAUGUUGCUAUUUCGUGAGACGGUGAACUACAUGGGUUACCCAGCUAAGGAGGUUGACAAGGUGAAGGUUGAUGAGUUGUUCCGCCACAUUUGGGGCUUUGUCAAAUCCGUUGAGGUCGCUCGUCAAGCUAGGCUUGAGGCCAUUGCUAAGGAGGAACGUUUGCGUCAGGCCGAGCUCCGUAAGCAGGAGAAGGCUGUUGCUCGUAAGAGCAAGAUGCGUACAUCGUUGGUUACUCCUAAUAUUACAGCAACUCCAAAGAUGUUGGACGACUUGGCGAACACCGUCAAGAUGCAAUCUUGAUUGGCACAGGUUGUCUAUUUACCUAUCGUAAUUUAUACACUACUGUAUCUAUUGUUAUAAUUAAGUUGUCUAGUAGAUUCUAAUUCACUAGGGUACACGAUUUCAUCUCAACGUCCGUUU